AUCAGCAACGUCAGGUGACGCUUAUUGUCAAUGUUGACGUACUGACGUGGAGUUUGUGAGAUGUGGAUGUUUUAAAAAGUUUGUGUUUAGUUUUUCGCCUUAAACUAUUAAUUUCUACUAGAAAAAUUCUUCUUUAGCCAUCGUAAAAGAUGGCUACCUACAGCUAUGAAGAAUAUAUUCAGCAAAACGAAGACCGCGAUGGAAUCCGGGUAACGUGGAAUGUAUGGCCUUCCAGCCGAAUUGAAGCCACCCGUCUAGUAGUACCUUUGGCUACUCUGUAUCAACCUAUCAAAGAACGUCCUGACCUACCUCCAAUUCAGUAUGAUCCUGUUUUGUGUACCAGGAAUAAUUGUAGGGCUAUUUUGAACCCCUUGUGUCAAGUUGACUAUAGGGCCAAAUUGUGGGUGUGCAAUUUCUGUUUUCAACGCAAUCCAUUUCCUCCCCAAUAUGCUGCCAUAUCCGAACAACAUCAACCCGCAGAGCUCAUGCCAAUGUUUUCUACCAUAGAAUACACCAUCACGAGAGCACAAACUAUGCCUCCAAUUUUUUUGUAUGUGGUCGACACUUGUAUGGACGAGGAGGAACUUGGAGCCCUGAAAGAUUCCUUACAGAUGUCCCUCAGUUUACUACCCCCAAACUCCCUAAUUGGCUUAAUCACUUUUGGGAAAAUGGUGCAGGUGCACGAAUUAAGUACCGACGGGAUGAGUAAAUCUUACGUAUUUAGGGGUACGAAGGACCUUACCGCCAAGCAGAUUCAAGAUAUGUUGGGAAUUGGAAGGGUCGCGCCUAAUCCUCAGCAAAAUCCUAAUAUGAGGCCUGGGCAGCCAGGGGCUCCUAUGCAAGCUCCAGUGCCUCCUGCUAGUAGGUUUAUUCAACCGGUGGCAAACUGCGAAAUGAACCUGACUGACCUAAUCGGAGAACUCCAGCGGGACCCCUGGCCAGUUCCCCAGGGAAAACGUUACUUACGGUCUACUGGGGUGGCUCUGUCAAUAGCAAUCGGCUUGUUGGAGUGCAGUUAUGCCAACACGGGGGCGCGAGUCAUGUUGUUUAUCGGGGGAGCAUGCUCUCAAGGUCCCGGACAAGUUUUAAAUGAUGAUCUUAAGCAACCAAUUAGGUCCCAUCACGAUAUUCAAAAAGACAACGCGAAAUAUAUGAAAAAGGCGAUCAAACACUACGACCAUUUGGCGAUGAGGGCGGCUACGAACGGGCAUUGCGUCGAUAUUUAUUCGUGCGCCCUCGAUCAAACCGGACUGAUGGAAAUGAAGCAGUUGUGCAACUCGACCGGCGGGCACAUGGUCAUGGGAGACUCUUUCAAUUCGUCGUUGUUCAAACAAACUUUCCAAAGGGUGUUCGCGAAGGACCAGAAUGGACAUUUGAAGAUGGCUUUCAACGGUACUUUGGAGGUGAAGUGCUCUAGGGAAUUAAAAGUUCAAGGCGGUAUUGGCUCAUGCGUGUCGCUAAAUGUAAAAAGUCCUUUGGUAGCGGACACGGAAAUAGGCAUGGGAAACACCGUGCAAUGGAAGAUGUGCACCUUCAACCCUAGCACGACGAUGGCGCUGUUUUUCGAGGUGGUCAAUCAGCAUUCGGCCCCCAUUCCUCAAGGUGGUAGAGGAUGUAUACAGUUUAUUACACAAUAUCAGCACUCGAGUGGCCAAAGGAGGAUAAGGGUGACGACGAUAGCGAGAAAUUGGGCGGACGCAUCGGCGAAUAUUCACCACAUCAGCGCGGGUUUCGAUCAGGAAUGUGCCGCGGUGAUUAUGGCCCGGAUGGCUGUUUAUAGAGCGGAGACCGAUGAGAGUCCCGAUGUUUUAAGAUGGGUCGAUCGGAUGCUGAUUCGUUUGUGUCAAAAGUUUGGAGAAUAUAACAAAGAUGACCAGGCAUCCUUCAGAUUAGGAGAAAAUUUUAGCUUAUACCCGCAAUUCAUGUACCACUUAAGGCGAUCCCAGUUUUUGCAAGUGUUCAACAAUUCACCUGACGAAACGUCGUUUUACAGGCAUAUGCUUAUGAGGGAAGAUCUGACACAGUCCCUGAUAAUGAUUCAGCCGAUCUUGUACAGUUACAGUUUUAAUGGUCCUCCGGAGCCCGUUUUGUUGGACACCAGCUCAAUACAACCGGACAGAAUUCUGCUUAUGGACACGUUUUUCCAGAUAUUGAUUUUCCAUGGAGAGACAAUUGCACAGUGGCGUAGCUUGAAAUACCAAGACAUGCCCGAAUACGAGAAUUUUCGUCAAUUGUUGCAAGCGCCGGUAGAUGACGCGCAAGAGAUUUUACAAACCCGUUUCCCGAUGCCCCGGUAUAUCGAUACGGAACAGGGCGGGUCUCAGGCGAGAUUUUUACUGUCCAAAGUGAAUCCCAGCCAGACGCAUAAUAACAUGUACUCAUACGGAGGCGCGAUUAUGACCGGUCAAGCAGGGGACACUGGCGCUCCCGUAUUAACGGACGACGUUUCCCUGCAAGUCUUCAUGGACCACCUGAAGAAAUUAGCAGUUUCCUCAACAGCAUAAGUCAUCAGAUAAAAUAUCUUUUAUUUAAUUAUUUUAUUUAUACAAGAAAGAAGCGUAACGUUAUUCUAUUGUAAAGUCACCUUUUUAAGUUCAAGAUUGUAUUAUUUUUUUGUUGUUAAAAUAAAACACUGAACAUAAAA